GAAGUGUGUCCGUCUUAUCAGAGGUGACACCUUUAAUUAGAUUGAUAAAUAAAAAUCGCAAACGUGUGUAGCAUAUGACAUGACCGACGGCAUUCACAGUUAACAUGUUUGUCUUGGUGCUGCUGGCGACAUUUGUCGCCCUUUCAGUGAGUGAUCUUAACGUAAACAUCGGCAACCACUGGCCCGGGGGGUUCCAGGUUCGAGCCUGCAUACCUAUCACUACAGAGCUGCACACGUGGAAAGUCCACGUCAAGUUUGACCAGGCUGUCGAAGGCCUUGAGACGGGUACUGCAGAUGUCCAUAUGAUGGACGGGGGGAUGGAGUUUGUCCUCUCCAACAAACAAUGGAAUGCCAAUGAACAUGUAGGAGAUAAACUUUGUUUGGACUUAGUGGCCAAAACUACUGGGGACAUUCAGCCUAAAGUGACGAUGUCUGUAGAAGGGAUGAACAGCACAGGGACCAUAGGAAACCCUUCUAACAACAACAAUAACAACAACAACCAGCAGACUGCUGCAACACCGGGUGUCACAGUGACUGUCCCAAUAUCUACGAAUGUCAGUACAGGUAUUGGUGGUGGGGAAGAGAUCACUACAAACAACAUGCAGAUCUACAAUGACUGGGGGAACAGGUUUGAAGCCGAGUUUUCCUUCACUGCUACUGAAAACAUAGAAGGUUGGGAGGUGGCCAUUAACUUCUCAGAGCCGGUUGAUAAACUGGACCUGUGGGUAGCCGAUGUGUACAAAAAGUCUGCGGAUGGCAAAAACUGGGUGGUCAUCAAUAAGCAAGACAGGGUAUUCUACUCAAAGGGGGAAACUGUGAAACUCCGCUUCUUUGGCAACACACAGGCGUCGUCCGCUCCAACUGCUGUCGCAACACUCACCAACCUCGGUCACGACGACAAUGGAUUUCCAAACGUGAAGAACACCGGAGGCACCAAGUACAACUACGAUGAGGUCCUCUACAAGUCCAUUCUGUUCUAUGACGCUCAGAGGUCAGGCAAACUUCCGGCCAACAACCCCAUCCCCUGGAGAGCAGAUUCCGCCCUCGGAGACAAGGGCGAUAAUGGGGAGGACCUCACUGGAGGAUGGUAUGACGCUGGUGACCACGUCAAGUUCAACUUCCCCAUGUCGUGGUCCACCACCAUCCUCACCUGGAGUCUGCUGCAGUGGAAGGAGGCGUAUGUGGAGUCCGGCCAGUACGACAACAUGCUGGACAGCAUCAAGUGGCCGCUCGACUACCUCCUCAAGUGUCACACAGCGAAGGACGAACUCUAUGUACAGGUUGGAAACGGAGGGGCAGACCACAGUUUCUGGGGCCGACCGGAAGACAUGAAAAUGGCCAGACCCGCGUUUAAGAUCACUCCUUCAAAACCCGGAAGUGACGUAGCUGGACAAACAGCAGCUGCCUUUGCCGCAGGAUCAAUGGCAUUUAAGGACAAAGACGCAAACUACUCCACGACACUGUUGGACCACGCUGUACAGCUGUAUGACUUCGCCAUGGCCAACAAGGGUCGAUACAGCCAGAGUGUUCCAGCAGCCGCCCAGUUUUAUCCGUCCACGAACAACACUGACGAGCAUGCCUGGGCCGGACUAUGGCUGUAUCAGGCGACUGGAGACCCUAAAUAUCUGACUGAGGCCGAGAAAUAUCACCAGCCUGGCGAGGCGUGGGGCAUGAGUUGGGACGACAACCAGGCGGCCAACAAUGUUCUGUUCUACAAGCUGACCCGUAAAGACAUCUACAAACAGGACCUGGAGGACACGUUCGAGAAGUACUGGUUCCCUAAUCAGGUCAUUAAGUACACACCUCAAGGGCUGGCAUGGAGGCUGCAGUGGGGAUCUCUCAGAUAUGCAUCCAACAUGGCGUUAGCAGCUCUGAUGGCUGCAGAGGCAGGAGUGAACCCUGACAAGUACCGAGAGUGGGCCAUGAGUCAGAUCCACUAUGCUCUGGGAGACACUGGAUUCAGCUAUCUCAUUGGGUUCGGCAAGAACUACCCACACAGUCCCCAUCACAGAUCAAGCUCCUGUCCCUGGCCACCGGCUCCUUGUGGACCCCAGGUGAUGUCCAGCCACGCCCCUAAUGUCCACACUCUGUACGGUGCCCUGGUCGGAGGGCCAGAUGACAGUGACGGCUACAAGGACGACCGAUCCAACUACGUCAAUAACGAGGUGGCCUGUGACUACAACGCCGGCUUCCAAGCCGCUGUGGCAGGGCUGAGGUCCCUGGUCACAAGAAAGGUUCAUCCAGAACAGCUGACGAAGCCCUAAAUUGAAUAUUCGUAAUAAACUGAACUGAAUGCA